CUUAGUAUGGAAAAUUUGAGAUCUGAGACAACUUUUGAGAUGUCCUUAACUGGAAAAAAAAAUCGCUUUAAUAUUCAUCACAAAGAUAUGGCAAGAAUAAUGAUGGAUCUUAGUGGGUGGCAAGGAUGAGAUGACCCGCGCUGUAAUGACCAUGAGAUGAUAGUGAAAGGAAUACUCUUGGGAGGGACAGCAUUGAGCAAACUGUGUGCAUACAGGUCCCGUUUUCCACUGGUCUUUGCAGCACAAGGCAAGGAAAUUCUUGUAAAUAGGAUGUGUUUCAGUCUAGACUUAAGAAUCCUAAUCAAGAGACUGUUCCUUUUGUAAGAAUAACUGCAUACUCUCAGUGCAAGCAUGGAAAUGGUCUUGCAUUAUCGACCACACCAGACAGAUCUAAUAAAACUGCAAAAAUUUGCAGAAGCAGCAGUGAAGGAGUUUCCCAUUCGUCCGUUACCAAGAUUUACACCCUGGUUUCCAAAUAAUUUGUACAGACUUCCCCUCAAACCCAAAAGGCAGCCACCUGUUAUCUCUUGUGAGGAGGCAGAAGAACUGAAACAACUUUCUACAGCUUCAGAAUAUAUUGUAGGAUCUCCUGAUUAUGACUGCACAAAAAAUCUACUUGAGUUUCAGUCUAACAUCAGACACGGGCAGACUUCAAUCCAAGCUCAAACUGUCCACAGACCAAUUAACUUGGAGAACCAAGAAGAACCACCAUCUAACGGAAAACAAAAAUUGAAAAGGUCUUGGAGUGUCUCUCUCCCUAGCAUUAAGAUCAAAGAAGAGAUUCUUCCUUUGUCUCAAGAACUGCAGAAUAUUUUGGAAAGACUGAAACUGCAUGUAUUUCACAGAGCAAAGUGGACAAUCGAACAGUCUGUUUGUAAUGAUCAAACUUUGGAGGACAUCUGGAUAAAACUGAAUAGGCUCAUCAAACAGAAUGAGUUGCCAUCUUGCAAUGCUACAAUCCAAAGAUCGGUGGGACAGAUAUGGAUUUUCUGUGAUAUAUUAUACUGUGAAUAUAUUAGAAAUAUUCUUAGGGAAAGGCUAAGCCUUACUGAUAAAAUGAAUUUGCUUGUGCAUAAAUUUGGAGUUAUUUUUAGGUUAUAAUUUUAAGAUAGAGUUCCACAAUAAUAUUGCUGUCUGAAGAACUAGAAUUUUUAAGCAGCUUAGAAAAUACAGACUUUGGAACAACCAAUGAAUUAAAGAUCAGGGAACUAUUUAAUAUUAUUUUGCUACAUGUUUUCUUUAUUUAACUUUAUUUGACCAGAGAUCUUAUGAGUGCUUCUAUUAAUAUAUUUCUAUUUGGUUUAGAACUAUAUUUAUGCAGCUUUUCUCUACAUCAGAUGUCUAGGAAAAAAAGUCUGUUGUCUGGACUGUAAUGGCAAGCUGUGUUGGAUAAUAAAAGUUAUACUUUCAGUCAAGUCAAGUACUUCCUCACUGUGCUGUUUUGGUUGAAAUUAGAAGAAGGAAAAGAUGUUUUAAAGUGAGCUGUUAUUAUCUCUGUAAAGAACUUCUUUUUUUUUUGCCCCCUGCCAAGAUUGUCAAGAUCUGAGUAUUUCCUGGAAGUAGUAUGAAGGAAUUGAAAUUAAAUACAUGAAAUAAAAGCUUUAAAUACAAAA